ACCGGAAGCGCAACCUUAUCACCCGGGCCGAGACCCUCUUUCUGUCUUGUUUAUAUUCUGUGGUGAAGUUUUGAUUUUAUGUUAUUUAUCUGCCCCAGAUAAAGUCAAGUGGCUUCAAAUUGAAAACCGCAAGUCGGUUAGCUUCUUAUUAAACGACUCACAAAGCGACAAAACUGGCCCCUCCACUACCUGUCACCAUGCCCGCCCUGCUGGAGAGACCCAAGCUGUCCAACGCGAUGGCCAGAGCCCUCCACAAACACAUCAUGAGGGAGAGGGAGCGCAAGAGACAAGAGGAGGAAGAGGUGGAUAAAAUGAUGGAGCAGAAGAUGAAGGAGGAGGAAGAGAGGAAGAGGACAAAAGAAAUAGAGGAGAGGAUGUCCUUGGAGGAAACCAAAGAGCAGGUGAUGAAGAUGGGUGAGAAACUUCAGGGACUCCAAGAAGAGAAACACCAGCUCUUCUUACAGCUCAAGAAAGUUCUUCAUGAAGAGGAGAAGAGGCGCAGAAAGGAGCAGAGUGAUAUCACAACUCUGACAUCAGCCAGCUACCAGCCCAGUCUACCCAUGCAUGCAGGGCAGCACCUCCUCAGCAUUCAAGGCAGUCCAGUCAGCCACAGUCGACCUGGUGCUCUGCUCGGAGAACGAAGCAAACAGCUGUUCCCAGCUGCUGUGAUUCCAACCCGUCACUACCAGACACCCAGCUUCAGCUCAGGCUCGGCAGAACACGGGCAGUUCAGUGGUGGCCAGGGCGUCCAUGAGCCCUAUGGGGUGGCCCAGGCCCAGCAUCCCUCCACCUACGCCCCUGGACCAUCUGUACCUGUCAGUUUUGCAGGCAGCUCUCAGAUCAGAGGUGCGUCUGCGUUUCAGGCCAUGCCGUAUCUCCCCCACCAGCAGCCUGGCUACCCCGUCCACAGUCACUUCACCUCUCAGCCCGGAUACAUUCCUGGAGCAGGAAUCCCCCUUCAGAAGCAGCUGGAACAUGCCAACCAACAGUCAGGCUUUACUGAUGCUGGUGCUCUGAGGCCUAUGCAUCCGCCAGCCAUGCACCCCUCUGCUCCUGGUCUGCUGCCCACGCCUUCAAUGGCGGUCCAGAUUCCAACCGCCAAGGCCCCGUUCCAGAGCUCUCCCCAGGGAGCUCCUCGCCACGGCUUCCUCCCACACAGCCAGAGUGGCCAGAGGUUCUACCACCACGGCAAGUAAACUCAGCCCAGAGACCCCGACUCCUUCAACAACAGUCACGAGGCUGGAUCAUGCCACAUGUUUUGCGUUUAGUACCUGGUUUUUAAGUUGUGUUCCGGCUUUGUUAAUGAGCGAGCAGCAGCCUUCACGUUUAUGUGCUUCUGUGAACACAUGGCUUUGAUUUUUACAUGACUUCAAAUGAUGUUCAUUUGUAAAAAAAAUAGCUUCUUAUUUUACCUACACUGUAAAGCCAAUCUGGAGGUGCUUUUCCGGCACUAACAUGGUGAUAUCUUGUACAAACCCAGACUGCAUGAACCGCAGGUCAUUCUUUGUAUAGUAACUUCUACAAAGACUUUUCUGGCUAAGACAAAGCAAAAACCAGAAUAGAGGAGAGUUUUCAGCAAUACUUGAUGGUUGAGUUUAGAGUUUAUGGAUUAAAUCACGUUUCUGUUAAAGUCACACAAAUACUGAUGAACACUACUGUAACAGGAACACAUUGGUUUAACUCACUCUAUUUCAAUGUGUUGCUGACUCCUGAUUUAUCACAUUAGACCCAUUAGGGUUGGUUGCCAAUGAAAUCGAGAUCUGUCAAAUCUGUUGUUUUAAAGCGUUUAUGUUGCUAAAUAAAAUGAUACAGAAACAUCCAA